UAUUAAAGCUCGUAACAAGAUCGUGAAUCGGAGUAAUAUUCAUAGUGUAUAGUAGUGAUAUUUGUGUGUGUAGUGACGCCCGCCCCUCCACAUAUCAAUAAACAGAAACUGGAAGAUCUCUCCAGCCGCUGCUCCCAUCAUCUGAAGACAGCGACGUCGACGUUGACGCCGACGCCCACGACACCACUGAGAGAAGAAUGAUGCCAAGGCAGAGGAACAGCACGCUGACGGCGACGUACUCGCUGCGUUGCAACGGUAAAUGCCUGAUGCUCUCAGCACUGCUGAUGAGCCUUCUAGUGGCCGCCACCCAUGCCGUAGAUCAGAAAUCUGUAAAAGCAUCGGCGGCAGAGCCAUCCACUCUGUCAGGAGGCGUCGCAUCCCCGGCGGCUUCGGGUCCUAGAGAUGCAAUCUAUAUCGACGAUGAUAGCAUUGAGGGCUCUGGCGGACGUGGAGGGAUACACGACGAUCUAGAGAAGGAUCCGGACUAUUCUGGCUCUGGCUUUGGACCGGAUGACGAGGACGCCGAGCCGGACCAUCACUCGCAACACGGUUCGCACAACACGCGCAUCUCGCAGAGCGGCGGCACCAGCAUAAACAGUAAGCAUAAAUCGAACGACAACAGCCACAACGACGACCUCGACCACAUCUCGAGUAGAUUCAACCACAACAACAACAACCAGAACCAGAACCAAAUCGACAACAACAGCCAGAAUCUUAAUAAUAAUAAUAAUAACAAUAAUAAUUUUAAUAAUAAUAAUAAUAAUAAUAAUCCCAACCUUAAUAACAAUCACCAUCCAGCGAAUAGUGGCACAAUCAUUGGUAGUAGCACCACAGCGAACCAUAACAGUAAUCAGAAUCACAUCGGCGGCCAGAGCGGCGGCAUCAUCAGUGGCAGUGGUGGUGAGAUCGGUGGUCAUAGCGGCACUGGCAUUAACACAAUCGCAGCUCAUACACCAACACAAACCUCAUCCACAACCUCGACAACAGCAACAACAACAACAAGCAGUUCACCAACAACGACAACCACCACCGGCAGCAGCAGCACUACGACAACAGCGGCCACAACCCCUUCAACCACAGCCGCCUCCAAUCGCACCCAAACCACGCCCACGCCCAAGCCCAAGCCCAUUGUACCCGAAUCCACCGCAGCGAACCGUCCCUUGCCCCCCUUCCCCGCCUUCGAUGAGGAUCUCGAUGUGGAUGUAGAGGCCAGCGGCGAUGGCAUCGACGUGGAAGGCGGCGGCGAGGAUGACGACGAGGGCGAUGAUGAGGACGACAUCAUCAUUGAUCAUCCCGAUUCCGAGAAGCCAAGGCUUGCAGAGCCCGUUCCCAAUGGUGAAAUCGAUCAUGAUCAUGAUCAUGAUAGCGAUAACGAUAACGAUGAUGGUGAAGGCGAUACCGAUGACACGGACGAUGAUGAUCGCAUCAUCGAUGUGGAUGGCGGCGAUGAGGAUGGAAACGGAAACGGAAUCGGUGGCAACGAUGGAGACCUCAACACAGAGCGCGGACCGGGAGGCGGCAGCAACGUGCACGAGUUGGACCCGAAUACGAACGUGAACAGCCAGCCCUCCGACACGAAGCCCGUCGACCACAGGCCCAACGGCAACGAGGUGGUCAUCAUGAGCGAGGACGAUCGCACGUCGAGCUUCUUCUCGCAGCCGGGAAUACUGGCGGCUGUCAUUGGCGGUGCCGUGGUUGGCCUGCUCUGCGCCAUUCUCGUGGUGAUGUUCAUCGUAUACCGCAUGCGGAAAAAGGACGAAGGCUCCUAUGCCCUGGACGAGCCGAAACGCUCGCCGGCUAACAAUUCCUAUGCGAAAAAUGCGAACAAUCGCGAGUUCUACGCCUGAGAUAAUGGCACAUCGCGCAGGUAUUAAAUGAGCCGCGAGUGAGGAUCCACCCGGAUGGAGAUCCAUCUGGAACGGGAUCUGGAUCUAAACGGAGGGGAGAUGACGGCUCAUCUCGGUACACUGUGCGGAGUGCGAAGUGCGGACGGAGCAGCGCCAUCAGCAGCCAUCUGCCACAAUGAAUAAUUAUCUGCAACAGCAACAGCAACAGAAACAGCAAAAGCAACAAAACUAACACAAAUUCAAUGGAAAUCGAAGGCAUCGUUGGGUCACACACAACUUUUCGUUGAGGGGUAAACGCA